AGGAGGCGGCGGCGCUUGUCGGGCCCGGGAUGAGCGCUGGCAUGUAUUAUCUGAGCGGAGCUGAUGUCUCUCACCGCUUUAGCUCUAGAAUUACUCUGAGGCCCGGCAAGCCCCCGAUCCCUCCGGCAGUGGAGCUUUUGCCGCUUGUGGGAUCGAGUCCUCGUGCCAGCCUUGGAGGCGGCUUGAGGAGAGGGGUCCCGCUUGGCAUCUGCCCCCUUGCCAGGUGGGGCAGGUGCAGGUCUGGGCUGAGCCGUGGGUUUGUGCCCAUGCGGGGCUCUCUCGUGGCCCGAAUUCCAUGGUUUGGCAGUUUGUGCCGAGGUGUCCGGCUGAGCCUGGGCUGUUCUGGCCAGCCCAGAUGUACGAUCCAGCAUUUUUGAGAGUCUGCAUGGCUGCAAGUCCUGGUGAGGUGUGUCAGGUGUCCGGCUGAGCCUGGCUGUUCUGGCCAGCCCAGAUGUACGAUCCAGCAUUUUUGAGAGUCUGCAUGGCUGCAAGUCCUGGUGAGGUGUGUCAGGAGCCGCACAGGGAGCGCUGGUCUGUACUGGUCCUGCCAUGGCGCUGCCGUCCGCUGGUCUCCUGCCCGGUGUUCUGCUGGUGGCCGAUGCCCUGGCACUGGUGUUACUGAUGCCGCUGAUGCCGGUGCUGGUGGCGCUGGGCGCGGCGGGUGUGUGGCUCGAGGCCGCCCUGCGCUUGCCCGUCCUGGCCGCGGCCACGUGGCUGCUGGGCCCUCGCCGUCCCUCCGGAGCCACCGCGGCCGCCGUCACGGUCGCCGCCACCCCCGCGGUCUUCGGAACAUUCCAGCACCUCCUGGGGCCGCCCGGGGCUGGGCCGGGGCUCUUGGUGGUCGCCGCGCCCGCCUGGCUCGGGGUCACCCACGCCGCUGCUGCACUGGCCCUGCUGGCCUGGGCCGCGCCCCCGGCCCCCGGCGGUGUCCCUGAGACCCCCGGCAACGUUCCCAAGGCUCCUGGCACCAUCUGGCGCACUCUGGCACUGACCUGGGAGGAGCGGAAAGUCCUUGGAGCUGCUCUCCUCUGCCUCAUGCUGGCGAUCGUUGGGGAGAUGUCGGGACCAUAUGUCACUGGGAUGGUGCUGGAUGCCAUCGGGAGUGGGGAUGAACUCACCGCCGGAGCUGUCGGGAUGGUGGCGGCUGCUGGAGCCACAAGCGUGCUGUUUUCCGGGUGCCGUGGGUCUUUCUUCAUGCUGUUGAAAGCACGUCUCUGUCAGAGCCUGAGCCUCCGGCUCUUUUCCCACCUGGUCCACCAAGACCUGGACUUCUUCCAGCAAACGCCAGCAGCUGAGCUCUUGGCUCAGUUUUCCCUGGAAGUGCCACGGGUGUGCGUGGCAGUACCGAUGGGAGCCAACCAGCUGCUCCGAAGCCUGGUUAUGGCCCUGGUGGUGGGGACGUUCAUGGUGGGGCUGGCACCAGGGCUGGCGCUGCUGGCAUUUCUGGAGGUGCCCUUUGGAAUCGCCACCCACCGUAUCCAGAGUGCUCGGAAACGGGCACUUCAGAGAUCCAUGAUGGAAGCAUCCGCCCGGACAGCCUCAGGGGUGCAGGAAUCUGUUGCCGCCAUCGAGACAAUCCGUAUAUUUUCAGCAGAGAAGGAGGAGGAGGAGCAGCACAGGUGGAACCUGGCCAAGGAGCUGAGGCUGAAGGAGCAGAUGGACCUGGAACUGGCAUUCUUCACCCUUGUCCAUAGGGUGCUCGAACUGUCCAUCCGGGUCCUGGUGCUCUUCCGGAGCCACCAGCAGCUACGUGACAGAUACAUCACUCCUGGGGCCCUUGUCACCUUCCUGCUGUACCAGGACAGAAUUGGCAGCCACGUCCAGGUGCUGCUCUACGGCUUCAAUGAAUUCUUCACCAAUGCGGCUGCUGGACAGAAGAUCUGGGAAUACCUGGAUCGGGAACCCACAGGGAAUCUUGGGGGGACACGGGAGCCCCCCGAGCUUCAGGGCCACGUCACUUUUCAGAAGGUCUCCUUUGCAUAUCCUGGGAAUCCAGAGCGUCCUGUGCUGAAGGACGUGACCUUCGAGGUGCGCUCCGGGGAGGUGACAGCACUGGCGGGGCCCAACGGAAGUGGGAAGAGCACGGCCAUAGCGCUGCUGGAGCGGCUGCGGGAUCCUGGGAGUGGGACGGUGCUGCUGGAUGGGAUCCCGCUGCCAGAAUAUGAACACCAGUAUCUGCACCGCAAGGUGGUGCUUGUGGAGCAGGAUCCCCUCCUGUUUUCUGGAACGAUCCGUGAAAAUGUCGUGCUGGGGCUGGAGCACUGCAAAGAGUCAGAGCUGCAGGAGGCCGCCACUGCUGCUGGAGCCAUGGACUUCAUCCAGGGACUGGAGCAGAGCUGGGACACUGAGGUGGGGGAGCAUGGGGGGCGGCUGGCGGCAGGGGAGCGGCGCCGUGUGGCCCUGGCCCGGGCUCUGCUCCGGCGUCCGGCUGUCCUCAUCCUCGACGAGGCACUGGAUGACGGAGACGAGGGAGCGGCACAGCGCUGGGUGCGCACUGGGCUGGCCCAGACCGUGCUGGUUGUGUCCCACCGGCCGCGGGUGCUGGAUGCGGCCGAUCGCCUCGUGGUGCUGGAGCGCGGAGCCGUGGUGGAGACAGGAACACCGGCGGAGCUGCGGGAACGCUGCGGGGCCUACAGCCGCCUGCUCCUUGGAGGAAGCAGCACUGGGCAGCCCGAGGCCCCCGGGAUGGGCAGUGAGAAGGGGACUGCAUCUGGCAGGGAAUAAAGGGGAAUUAGCUCCAG